GUUUGCACGGAGCACCACAGCGAUGAGUGCUGGCAAUUCGUACACCAAACCGGCAAUGGGACCCUUUUCAUCGACAUACGAUGGGACAUAUCAUGGCGCCAGCGGCGAUUAUUACGGGACGAGCUCCGACCGUCCGUUGCCGUCUCGCAGGCCAACUUCGUACUCGAGACCGAAGAGCAUUGAGCUCGUGACGCCCAUGUUGGGACGGUAGUUCGGGUCUCGAAAACCCGAAGCUCGGGCGCAGCCAUUCAUUUGGGUCCAUGUCCUGUGGUACGGGGUCUGAGUCGGUAGCGCAUAUGUUCUGCAUGUUGCUCCGUCUCCAUCCUCAUCUCUUCUCCGCCUUUCCUCCCGUGGGGGCUUUGCCUACGGGUCACAGUGCAACCCCAUGGCGCGGGGGGUCCCUAGUCGUACGACGUGUGCGGCAGUCACAGUUUCUAGGUACAAUGAGAGCUGGUGUACCUAGCUCUGAAGUGGUCGUCAGCAGGCGCCAAUUGACAACCCUGAGCUACCUACCCCACACAAUAGUCGGGGUCUCCUCCGGCUUUCCUGAUCGGUCACGAAGCAUUCAGCCACUUUCCGGGGUAGAGCAUGGGCAUGCUUGGGACGACCUGCAUACGUUCUCUUUAAUCAACACUGGGUCUCGGAUGGCCCGGCAAGUUCGGGUGUCCUCAGUUCACAGCACGACUCGACUGCUGCUCGUCACAUCCUCGGCAGGUUUCCUUUUCAUCAAUGAAUUUUGGAGCAUCAACAACACUGCAUUGGUUAAUCCGACUGGGCACUUCUUGGCGUCAUUGGGACUCGGGUUACAACACGGACGGAUAUCCAUGGCAUACCGCUGAAGAGGUGCCGAGGGUGAUUUCCAAGGAUCACUCCUUGGAACGUAUAUACUGGUCUCUAUGGGACCGUCAUGGGACUGCACUUGGGCAUCGACGGGGUCUGGGAGUUCCCUCCUUGACA